AUGUUGACCUCGUUCGUGAUGUCAAGCGAGUUCCUUCACCCUCCGUACACUGACCGCGAGCGGUCGACGCCAGAGCUCGAGGCGAAUGUGGGCCAAUUGAUCGCUGCGUUUCGCCAAGCGUCGCUGCCCAUCGUCCACGUCCACCACCACGACAAGGCGCCCGGGUCAUCGUUCAGUCCCGAAACGAGCCCUACCGGAGUCCUUCCACAGACGUACGUGACGCCGCUGCCCCACGAGCCUGUCGUGAUCAAGCAUGUGACGUCGGGCUUCAUCGGCACCAACUUGGAGAAGUUGUUGCGAUCGAACCAGUGGGAUGUGCUUGUGGUCGUCGGUAUGUCAACGGUUCACUGCGUCAGCACGUCGAUCCGAGCGGCGAGCAACUUGGGAUUCCAAGUUUAUGUCCCACACAACGCUUGUGCGACGUUCAACAGUGCUGCAGCUCCUGGCAGCAAGGUCGCCACCUCGUUUGACGCUGAUACGAUGCAGGCCGUCGCGCUCGCGGAGCUCCAUGACGAAUUUGCGACAGUUGUGUCCACGGAAAGCGUGUUGAAAGCUCUUCGCUCGUAG